AUGACUAAGUCCGUCUCGUCUCUUUCCCGCAGCAUCCUGUUCGCGGACAUCGUGGGAUUCACCGCCAUCUCGUCCACCUACACAGCCUCCGAGCUCGUUAAGAUGCUCAACGAACUCUUCGCUCGCUUCGACGGCCUGGCUGAGAAGUACCACCAGCUGCGCAUCAAGAUCCUGGGCGACUGCUACUACUGCGUGUCGGGGGCGCCGAGGGAGCGCAGCGACCACGCCGUCAAUUGCGUCCACAUGGGCCUCUCCAUGAUCGACGCCAUCAAGUACGUUCGCGAGACGACGGGCUGCACGGUGGACAUGCGGGUGGGAAUCCACACGGGCGCCGUGCUGGCGGGCGUGCUGGGGCAGCGCCAGUGGCAAUUCGACGUGUACAGCAAGGACGUGGUGCUCGCCAACAAGAUGGAGAGCAGCGGCAAGCCGGGGCGCGUGCACAUCAGCAACAAGACGCUUCAGUACAUCGGCGGCGAGUUCGAGGUGGAGCCGGCGUACGGCGAGAAGCGGGAGGACGCGCUCAGGGCCGCGGGACUCAAGACCUACUUCAUCUCCAAGGUUCUCUGCCCGUACAAGCCUCGGCCGUCGCUGCAGAUGAUGCGGAAUGGAACCAAGAGCUCGUCAUCGCAGCCGUCGCGAGAUGGGCCAUCUGAAAACAACAUGGCUUCGCGCGACUCCACGGAAAAUACUUCUUCCCCUUCGGCCUCAGGUGAUCAGCGUCCGUCGUUAGCUCCAGCGAACCGCCGCUGCCGCACGCCGUCCCCUCUGCCCCGAGGCCGUGGCAUUCCAGGAGGCCGGUCCCCGUUGAUUGGCGCCCCAGGCAAGCCGUGCCCGCUGCCCGGAGUAAGUGUUAAUUUGUUUCGAGCUGGCCGGGGCUGCCUGCGCUCGUCCGGCCGGGCGCGAGGGUCGUCCUCGGCCGACUGCCGCGCCCACCCGCCUUUUGGAAACGACGCUUUCGAAAUGGUUCUGGAGCUGUGCAGCCCAGACAAGGGGCUGUCCGGGCAGAAAGUUAUUCUCAAACUUUCUGCAUCAGCGGUAUUUUAUUAUGACCACUACGCCCCCGCGCCCUCGCCGGCAAAUGUCCUAGAUAUUUAA